UCUUAUACGAUUUGAGGUUAUUUGUAUAAUGAUCUAUGGUUCUGUUGUUAUGUAUUAAAAUGUCCCGUCACUGCGUACCAUUGACUUUUAUUAUACGGAUAUAAUACACAUAUAAUAGAUUAAUAACUGAUAAUAUCUACAAAUCUAUGAUUGCAAGCAUCAAGCAUGGCAAAUACUUUGAUAAAGUAUCGUUCAAAAAAACAAAAAUGGGUAGUCGUCAUUUUUUCUCCUGCUAUAGACUAUAGUGUAGUUCCAAUAAAUUGGCUUAUUGAAACAGAAACCCAGCAAUUGUCUACCAGUACAAUACAAUAUUGUUACUGGCCUUCUACAAGGGUGAUUAGUACAGAUUUAAAAGAUGCUAUUGAUCCAGAUCCGUCUUGGUUGCAAUAUAAAGUCCGUGUAGUCGGAGGCAACAAGACUUACAGUAAUUUCAAUAAAGCUUGGCAUGAACGAAUUGAAGUAAAAUCUACAGACAAUGAGAACAUUUUAAAUCAUCCAUUUAAAAGAAACAAAAAAAGUAAAACUGUAAAAACUAGUGAUAGUAUUGAAAAUGAAGAUUCAAGUUAUACCAUUGUACCUUGCAGUAAUCAAAAUGAAUUACUUUUUAAUACAACAAAAACUCAACAAAAUUCAACACAAGCACUUACUUCUAACCAAGAAACAUUUUAUACAAACUUAAAACCGUCUACAUCAACUUCUACUCAUGGAAAUAGUUUUUCAUCAGUUGAAUUAAAUCUACCUAGUACCAUUAUAAGUCAAGAAGAUAAUACAAAUUACACAAAUGUACUACCAAGUUCUUCUUUUCAAUCAGUACCAGCAUUUGCUGAUAACCAAGAAAAAUCGUAUACAAAUCUGAAUCUUCAAUCUUUAACUACACCAAACUCAACAAAAAUUCAAGACUCAAGUAUGACGCAACCUUUAGCAUAUUAUGAAUCAUCAUACACAGGAUCACAGGUUAAUCAUUUCGAUAUUCAAAAUCAAUCAUCUCCAAGUUCCCAAGAUUCUCCUAAAGUGCUGCCAAAAAUCCAUAAACGAGUCAAAGAUAUUGGAACUAUUUCUAAACGCCAAUUUCAAAGGCUUACACUGAGAAUAUAA